ACAUACACACACAUACAUAUACAUAUAUGUAUGUAUAGCUAGUCAUAUAUGUAUUUUAUAUAUUUACCCCGCUAAACCCGGCCGCACCACCUAGCAGUCGGAGCCACAGUUAAGUUGGCUCUGGUUAACGGUUAACAUUGAAGCAUGAUGCACCACCAGUGGAAUGGUCAGUCCGAGCUGCUCGGCAGUAGUCAGCCAGUAGGCUUGGGUCUAGGACUGGGACUGGGCUCGGGUUCCGGUUCCGGAUCGGGAUCGGGAUCGGGCCUGACUCGCAAGGCGUUGUCCGCCAAUCGAACCAGCGUGCUGGAGAACGAACUGUUCGAGGGCUACUCGGAUGAGCUGCUGACCUUCGCCUGGAUCGCCUGCAUUGUGUUUAUCAUUGUGGGCGUGCCCGGCAAUCUGCUGACCAUUGUGGCGCUAUCGCGGGGCAGACAGACACGCAACUCGACGGCGAUCUUCAUCAUAAACUUAUCCUGCUCGGAUCUGCUCUUUGGCUGCUUCAAUCUGCCGCUGGCCGCGUCGACGUUCAAGGAGCGCGCCUGGACCCACAGCGACUUGCUCUGCCGACUAUUCCCGAUGCUGCGCUAUGGUCUUCUGGCCGUCUCACUGCUCUCCGUCUCGCUGAUCACGAUCAAUCGGUAUAUAAUCAUUGCCCAUCCGCGGCAGUAUCCCCGCAUCUAUCAGCGACGCUACUUGGCGCUCAUGGUGGCGGGCACCUGGCUGGUCACGUUCUCGAUUAUGAUACCGACGUGGCGCGGGGUUUGGGGUCGCUUCGGGCUGGACACGAGCAUUGGCUCCUGCUCGAUACUGCACGACAAGUACGAUCGCUCGCCCAAGGAGUUUCUCUUCAUAGCCGCCUUCAUGCUGCCCUGCGUCUGCAUUGUCAUCUGCUAUGCGCGCAUCUUUAUUCUCGUCCGUCAGGCGGCGAUGCGGGCGAGCGCCAAGAGUGUCGAGGUGGCCAUCACGCCGCCCAUUCAAACGCCGCCCGCCGACAAGGCCAAGGAUAAGGGCAAGCCCAAGGGCAAGGAUAAGCCCACAGAACUGGACAAGGACCGCAAACCCAGCUCGGACGAGGACUCUGGCCAAGUGCAUCCGUUUGUGGUCAGCGAGUAUUUGGCCUACAUCGAUGACAACGCCUCCUCGGAGAGUUUUCCCAUCUCGUACAGCGUCAAGCAGGAGACGCCCAUCGAUGCGAACGUCGUGCUGCAGGACAACAGCCUUACCAACAAUAAGCACUCCCUGCCAGGAUCAGCUCCAGCUGCGGCCCCAGCAGCAGGCGAUGCCAACAUCAAUAGAUCGCUGACACAGCUGGAACAGAGUCGCAAUUCAAAGAACCCAAUCACCACAUCGCUGCGCACCUCCUUUACGCGUUUUAGCCCACGAAAAUCGCACUAUGUCUCGAUGGGUAACACAUCGAAUGCCUCGUCCAUAUAUCCGGGCCGGAUGAGCGCGAAGGAUCGUCGCUUGCUGAAGAUGAUUUUGGUGAUAUUCGUGUGGUUCGUCAUCUGCUAUCUGCCGAUAACAGUGGCCAAGAUCUGGAAGAGUGCCAACGAUGUGCACAUCUUCAACAUAAUGGGCUAUCUGCUGAUCUAUCUGACCACCUGCAUCAAUCCCCUGAUCUAUGUGCUGAUGAGCUCCGAGUAUAGGCGCGCCUACUGGAACCUGCUGCGCUGCCAUCAAUCCGAGCAGCAGCAGCAGCAGCAGCGAGCCCUGAAGAAGCAUCUCGAGUCGAAUCGGGCGCUCAAAACGUGAUCCGUGUCGAUCGAAAGUGGAGCCGCAGACGAGUUCCGUCCCAACCAUCUAUGAAGUAACCUAGAGCCAAUCGCCAGAUAGAAAAGGUUUUCCAGUAAAGUUCCAGUUCCAGUUCCAGUUCCAGUUCCCCCAUUCCCGACUCCUGCCACCAAACAUGAAUCGAUAAGUCGAUAAGUCGGAGCAUGUAAUCGAUAAAAAGUGUAUUGUAUUUUAUACCAAAUGACUUUUUAAUAUCUGGUUGACAUUUUGAAUUCCAUGUUUAAGAACAAUCGAUGUUUAUUUAUUUGCUUGCCGCUAAUUA